AUGGAUCAGACCCGUUGGUGGAUCAGACCCCAUGGUGGAUCAGACCCGAUGAUGGAUCAGACCCGUUGGUGGAUCAGACCCGAUGGUGCAUCAGACCCGAUGAUGGAUCAUACCCGUUGGUGGAUCAGACCCGAUGGUGGAUUAGACCCCAUGAUGGAUCAGACCCAUUGGUGGAUCAGACUCAAUGGUGGAUCAGACCCGUUGGUGGAUCAGACCCGAUGGUGGAUUAGACCCCAUGAUGGAUCAGACCCGUUGGUGGAUCAGACCCGAUGGUGGAUCAGACCCGAUGGUGGAUCAGACCCCAUGAUGGAUCAGACACGUUGGUGGAUCAGACAGUGCAGG